AAACUCUUUUGGUGUCAGUGUGCACAAUAGUGAAGAGGUGAUGAAGGAAAUGACCACAAUGCUUAAGACAGGAAAAUCUGUUGGAAGAUCUGAGCCUGAAGGCUGUAGCAGUGUAACAACAGACAGAAACCAGCCUGGGUUUGUGGGUCUUGCACAAAGCAGUGGAAGCAGUGAAGUCAGCACUGGAACAACUUCGGAAUCAGGGAAUCCUUCUUCCUCAGAGCCCCCAGACAGUGUCACUGAUGCCCCAGGAGGGUUCCAGAGCACCCUGUCUAAUGCUGGUGUAGCUGGAAGCAAGGCAGGAGGCACCCGAGGGAGUGAAGACAGCAGCAGUGGAGAUUCCCUCGCUGCCCAUGUCAGGAGCCUCCUGAUGAGGAAUCCUCCUUCCUCGGAGCCUUUAGGCAGCAGCACCAAUGUCCCAGGAGGCUUCCAGAGCACGUUGUCCAGUGCUGGUACAGCUGGAAGCAAGGCAGGAGGCAUGAGAGCGAGUGACAACAGCAGCAGUGGAGAUUCCCUAGCUGCCCAUGUCAAAAAGCUCCUGAGGAAUGGAUCACCUCUGACACAAACUGUGAUGAGUGCAGAUGAAGAGGAGCGGAAAGCACGAGCCUGGGUGAAGCUAAAACUGGCCAGUCGCUCCCAGGAGUCUGUGGCAGACCUGAACCAAGAGGAUCAGCAAAGGAUCCAGGAAAUAAAGGCAGAGCUGCUUCGGAGUGCCAGGAAAUCUGCACGUGCCAAGGCUCCAUGGGUCUGUGGUUUGGAAGCUGCUUCUGAGUACAGUCCUAAUGGGGAACAGGACAUUGAGCGUUUCAAAGUUCCAAGUGACAGAAGAUUUCAGACUGACAAGCACAGACAAUCCAUCAGGACUGAGGAGCUUUUAGAGUCAAGCUUGCUGCAAGCUGUGCCAUUGCAUCAAGCUGAUCCUUCUGAUUGUUGCCUGCUGAAGGAUACACACAUUAAAUCCUUGAGGAUUGUUCAAACACCUGUCUUCAACCAACAUCAAACAGGUCCAAGUGGUCAUUCUGGUGCUGCUGCUGAGCUUCACCCACCAUUGCAGAUUGACACGUGUGCAAUGAGGUCUGCAGCUGCUUUUGAUGCACAAACAGAAGCCCAUUUGCUGUCUCAGAAGAAGCUGUCAAUGGAAAAGUGUUCUGAAGAUCUGGCCAAGCAAAUCACUUCUAUCACCUUUUCAUCCCGAAAACGUUUGCACUCACCAUUGACUUCCAUGGCACUCAGCAGCAGCUUUACUAGAGAUGGUUUUGAUGGGGUAAUGCCUUUGGAGGUUGACUCUGCUGGCACUGAGGAGCACAGCCAUGAGAAACAACACUGGGAGAGAUCAAAGAGCUCUCCUCCAAGCCCAAUGCUUGCUGGCUCAGUGUCUAGUAAGACUGCUUAUACUGCUGAGAAAGACAGGAUUCCUCAUGUCUCUGCUGACAGUAACAGUGUUGGAGCUCCUCAAGAGACAGACUGGUUGUCAGAUCAGGAUUCAGAAAGCAUCCAUAUUGAUAAAAGACAGACCCUUAGUGCAAGGAAUUCUGAUGUUCUGCCUCAAGAUGUGAUUGACUCAGGCAGGCAAAGUUCCAGACUCCUUGGGCUUGGCUAUGAGAGGAGAUAUGGUCAAGAAAUGAAUAGAUUUAGUGAACCAUGUUCCAUAAGCUCUUACCAGGAGGAGAAAAGCAGCCCAGCUGGCCAUGUCCAGUUCUAUGAGAGCUUAAAAGGUUCAGGUCCAGCUCUACAAGCUGAUCUGAUGAAGGGCCGUGUUAAACUGUCAGCAGAAGAGAAGAGAAGUCCUUCUGAUAAAGUACCCCUCAUUCAGAAAGUGAGAGACCCAGUCGAUGCAUCUCACCACUCAUCUACAGGUGAGAUUAUAUCCACCACAUCUGUAUCUCCUUCCUCACCAACCAAGAAAGUAUUGUCUUGUGUCCACAUAACUCUUUCCUCAAAGUGUAAUAACUUGGAGCUGCAAAGGGAUGUAAAUACUGAAAAUGAGAUAAGAGUAUGGGAUAAACCUGAAGUUAAGACUCAACAAUUGUCUUUUAAAGCUCCAGAAGCUUCAGUAGAAGCUGUUUCUAAAUUGUCAUCUGCUGAUCAAAUAUCUUCAUCUUUCCCCAUGCCUGUGUCUUCAGCAGAUCCCUGCCUCAUCCUCCCCUCUGUCACCAGCACAGCAGGGCAAGAGCUGCCUCCACAGGGCAGUGAGAGACCACAGGUCACUGUUCCAGGUUCAGGGCAAUGUCAUCUGAAGAAUACCUUCAACUCUGUAGCUCCUGCAAGCACUGUGAAAAGCACUUGUGAUGCUGCCACUCAGAUAACAACAGAGAGUCCUGUAAAAACCACCUUUUCAGCAGAGAUUUAUGUUAAUUCACAAGACAGUGGAAAUGAUGUUCACCAACCACCUCUCCAGAAAGAACAUGAGCUUCCCAACAACGCAGCUUCAUCUCUUGACAAGGUGUCCUCUUUUGCAAAGCAGGGUGAUCAGCCCUUAUUGCUGCCAUAUAAACCUUCUGGAAGCACUGGGAUGUAUUACGUUCCUUAUCUAAAGGCAGUAUCCAAAAUGUCUCCAGUUGGAUCAGAAACCAGCAUGGAGAGUUCUCACUCAGGUUCAAAUGAUGCUCUUCCUCCAAGAUUUCAGGCAUGUGUGCUUGGUUUAAAGGAUGAUAAUCCUGACACUAUGGAUCUCAAUCAUCAAGGAAGAAUCUACAGUAAGAGGGCCAAGCCCAAGCUGGCCUGGGCUGAGGACCAAAUGAUGUCACCAGAUGAUCCCCCAGAGCACACAGAGCCUGUGAAAACCACUCAUUCAGCCUCCAAAUCUGCACGGUUCUACCUUCACCAUCCAGUGCCCGCCUGUGAGAGCUACAUCCUGUCUAACAGUGAGCUGUCAGAAGCCAGUUCUGGUGCUGGACCUGCCAGACCUUCCUCAAGUGCUGUCCUGCAGAAGAGGAGGAAACCACAUGGUCAUCACGGUGGUUUCUCUGCUCGUCAUAAAAAAGAUGGUGAACGUGAAUUCUUUCCACUCACUGCAGAAGCAGAUAACAGCAGGAAUGAGGAUCUAGACAUUAGCACAUCUUUGGGGAAUGAGACAUCAUGGAGGGAGCUCCUUCACCGCACUAGAAGAGAAGCAGAGCAAAAAGCAGCUAGAACUUACCCUUUGCCACAUAGCCAAACAACUCACCUCAAUGAGGAUAGGGAGAAAGACCUGGCACAGAGACAGAGAACCCAUUCCAAUGGUAGCUUAGAUGAACUCUGGGUUAAGUUUUUGGAGUGCCAGAAGAGACAUCAGCACCAUAGUUCUAGGAGUAAUGGUGAGCUGACCUUGGUGGAACGCCUGGAUCGACUGGCCAGGGUCCUUCAGAAUCCCCUCAAGCACACACUGAUACCAGCAACAUCCAACAAGAGUGUUUCUGAGAAGAGAAUGAAGGGAAGAGAGCAGGAGAAAAGAAGAGUGGUGGAAAAAAGCAUGUCUGAAAGUACCUCAGAGCCUGAUGCAACACAUGUUGAAGGAAGACCACGCAUCACCCAUGACAAAAAUAGCUUUGUUGAGCUGAGGAAAAACAGGUCAGGAGAGAAAAUCAUCUGCCACAUGAAGAACGCUUUGGAGCAGCAGUACUUGGAAACUCCAAGUGACACCUCCUCAGAAGCAAGGCUUAGUGGAGAUCAUGGCACCACGAUCACUUCCACCACCUCAGAGGCAGAUACAGUGACCCAAACAGAGAUGGAGACUGUCACUCAGACUGAGGUGAGCAGCUCCAUUUCCACCAUCGAUACCGCCAGGCUGAUCAGGGCUUUUGGCCAUGAAAGAGUUGAGGUGUCCCCAAGGCUCUCCCAGCUUUAUCAUACCAUCAACCACCAGAGAAGUCGCUCUGAGAAGUGGGACAAGGGCAAAGCAGUGGGUGUGGAGUAUCCAAAGGUGACUUCUGAGAGGCACAAGAAGAGGAAAGAGAUCCAGACUGCCAUCUCCCUUUCAUCAGAUUCAACUUCUAUAAGCAGCACGUGGGGACCCAGCGCUGCUCUUAGUAACAAGCGGCGGAUACGGAUGCUCAACAAAGGUAUCCAAGCAGGGGACUUGGAGAUCAUCAGCAGCGCAACGAAGAAGAACACUCGCGAUGUUGGGGUGACUUUUCCUACCCCGAGAUCAAACCAGCCCAAAGAACAGCCGCAGGAACCCUGGCGCUGUGCUGAUGGUAAUUUGGGAGAGUCAGAUGGUGUGGUCACAGCUCAGCAGGCAGCAGGAAGCAAGGGGAAGCAGAAGGGAGAGCCAGGCAAUGUUUUCCUGGAGAAAAGGACAAAAAGGAGCAGGCAGCAUUUACCACAAGGGAUUUCAUGGUUUGUCCAGGCAGGAGACUUGAAAUCUGACUCUAGGAAAGAAAACUAUUCCAAUCACUUUGCUGGUCCUGGUCCAUCCUGGUUUGAGCCAUUCACCAGCACAAAGCCUUGGAGAGAGCCUCUCCGUGAGAAGAACUGGCAAGAGCAACAGCAGAGCAAUGUGGUUCAGGCAGGAAUUCCAGGAGGAGACCCUCAGAACAGGUCCACAUGGCCCUAUGUGAAGCUUACUCUGCAGGAGGCUCUUGCAGUGCAUCGCCCCGACUUCAUCUCCCGGUCUGGAGAGCGUGUGAAGCAUCUGAAGCUGGUCAUGGAGGAGAGGAAGAUACAGAGCGUGCUGCAGUCCCAACGGGAGGAGCUGUUUAACCCUCCAGAGAAAAGAAGGGGCUACAGGCAUGCAAGUGACCUGCUGGCUGACAGAGGUAUCCUCAUUAGAGAAAAGAGAAGAACAAUUCCAAGGAGUGAAAUGGUUCAGAGAUCUAAAAGGAUCUAUGAGCAGCUGCCAGAGGUGCAGAAGAAGCGAGAGGAAGAGAAGAGGAAAAUGGAAUACAGCUCCUAUCGCCUGAAGGCCCAGCUUUACAAAACAAAGAUCACCAACCGUGUCUUGGGGAGGAAGGUGCCUUGGAACUGAUAAAGAUCUCUUCAAAUGAAGUUAUCUGCUGCUUGGUAACCUUGCAGCAGGCAGGAGAUUGUGAUGUGCCAGAAACAAAGCAGUGUGCAGAGGAUGCUGUGUGGUAUUCAGUGGCAGUGUUUUUGUACUAAUAUAAUCUCUCUGUAUUUAAGAAUCAGUGAUUUGCUGUGAAUGGCAGGUUUUAAAAUAAAGGACUGUUUUUAUAGUGAUGUGCACUUCGGAAAUGAGCACAGUUUGAAACUGCUCGGCUCACAAUGUGUUUAGAACUGAUUGUAAAGCAGUUUUAUAUAUAUUUAUUUCAAAUUGGUUUUCACAAUUUUGUAGGGUUUUUAUUUCCUCUCUCAAUGUAGAAAACACACUUGUAAUGUUUUGUACUGAAAAGCCCCUUAAAUAAACGACAGAGGAUCUAUU